AUGACGUGCGAUGCGUGCGUGCGCGUGCAGAUCGCGCUGGAGGUGCUGGGCGCGCAGGGCGUGGGCGCGUUCCUGGUGCGCGCGUCCACGACGCAGCGCGGCUGCCUGGCGCUGUCGCUGCGCGUGCCGCGGGACUUCGCGCACCACGGCAUCGCGCACUACCUCAUCCUGCGCACGCCCAAGGGCUACAAGAUAAAGGGCUUCACGAAGGAGUUCGCGUCGCUGUCGGCGCUGGUGACGCACCACAGCGUGAUGCCGGAGCUGCUGCCCGUCCCGCUGCGUCUGCCCCGCGCGCCCCGCGCCCCGCGCCCCGACCUCGAGCCCCUCGAGCGCCUGGCGCCCGCACCCCGCGCCGCGCACCCCGCGCACCCCGCGCGCCCCGCACACCCCGCACACCCGCACCGCGCCCCGCUCGACGUGUGA